GGAGAGCCGAGCCGCCGGGCGCCAGCGCAGCCGCGCCGCGUCCUCCUCCGCAGUGGUGGCGGCCGGCCCCGGCCCGGUGCCCAGCCGAGCCGCCCGGGCCGGCUCGCGGGGCUGCCCGGAGGGCCGCGGCCGGGCAGCUGUUGCGCCGCGAGGGGGCAGCUGCGGAGUUCCAUAACCAUAGCAACCGCAUCAGCACCGCGGCGGCGGCGCGGGCAGCAGCGCUCGCUCCUCCUCCAGGCAGCCUCGCCGCGGGCACCGGAGACCCAGCUCGCGGCCGCCCGGACCCCGCGGAGCGCCCACCGCCGCUGCGGAGAGCCGGCAGGGAGCGAGCCGGCGCGGCCCGGAGCCGAGGGGAGCCCUGCAGCGGGAGACAGGUAAUGAACCAAAAAGAUCAUGUCUGAAGUACAAGGAACGGUUGAGUUUUCUGUAGAGCUACAUAAAUUUUAUAAUGUGGAUCUCUUUCAGAGAGGGUAUUACCAGAUCCGAGUGACCUUGAAGGUGUCCUCAAGGAUCCCCCACAGACUGAGCGCCUCCGUCGUCGGGCAGACAGACGGCAACAGCCUGCACUCCGCCUGCGCCCACGAGAACGCCGUGCACAGCCGGAUCUUUCAGAUCUUAUACAGGAAUGAAGAGGUGCCCAUCAAUGACGCCGUGAUCUUCCGAGCUCAUCUGCUCUUAGACGGAGAAAGGGUGGAAGAGGCACUAAGUGAAGUCGAUUUUCAGCUCAAGGUGGAUCUCCACUUUACAGACAGUGAACAGCAGCUGAGGGACGUGGCGGGGGCACCCCUGAUUAGCAGCCGCACGCUCGGCCUGCACUUCCACCCCCGGAGAGGCCUGCACCACCAGGUCCCCGUCAUGUUCGACUAUUUCCACCUGUCGGUGAUCUCGGUGACCAUCCACGCGGCCCUGGUGGCUCUGCAGCAGCCCCUGAUCAGUUUUACCCGUCCGGGAAGAGGGUCCUGGCUUGGUAAAGGCGGCCCAGACGCGGGACCGGAGCAGUCCAGCCUCUCUCUGGAGAACCUGGUCUUCGGAGCUGGGUACUGCAAGCCGACUUCCUCGGAGGGGAGUUUCUAUGUGCCCUCGGAGAACUGCAUGCAGCACGCGCACAAGUGGCACCGAGAGCUGUGCUUCCUGCUCCUGCACGCCUACCGGGGGCUCCGCGCCUACUUCCUGGUCAUCAUGAGGGACGUCCCCGAGCUGCCGCACACGGAGCUGGAGUCCCUUGCUGUUGAGGAAACGCUUUCUCAGCUGUGCUCUGAGCUACAGGUGUUGAACAAUCCAGAGAAGAUCGCUGAGCAGAUAAGUAAGGAUCUCGCCUGGCUCACCUCCCACCUGAUGGCUCUCUGGACCCAGUUCCUAGACACGGUGACUCUGCACUCCCAGGUGACCACUUACCUCACCCAGGAACAUCACACCUUGAGGGUCCGAAGGUUUUCUGAGGCCUUCUUUUAUAUGGAGCACCAAAAAGUUGCAGUCCUGACCUUUCAGGAAAAUCUGAUACAGACCCACAGCCAGCUGUCUCUGGACAUCCGGAAUUCAGAGUAUCUCACCACCAUGCCCCCACUGCCCGCAGAGUGUCUGGACAUCGAUGGUGACUGGAACACCCUACCGGUUAUCUUUGAGGACAGAUACGUGGACUGCCCUGCAACAGGGCACAGUUUGAGUGUUUCCCCUAAUUUUGAUGUUCAAACAAGUCCCGCAAUAAUGAAUCUGAAAGACAGAGAAGAGAGCCCUGUUGUAAAUAGAAAAUCACCUUUCAGGGAAGACCUUGUCUCGCCCGCCAUGAAACCACCCCAGAUGGACUCUGACGAGGAAGUUCUGAGGUGUCCAGAGCCAGAUGACAGUGCAGCUACACCAGAACGCGCGGAUGUGUGCUCCGAAUCUCAGGUGUAUCUGACAAUUGGUGAGGUCCAGAACAAGGCAGGUUUGCCUGAAGAUGAAUGUUGGGCUGGCCCGAGGGCCGAUGUUGGAACACGUCCCCUGGCAGAUGAGGACCUGCCCAGAAGGAGGCCGGGUCCAGAGGAUGGCCAGCCCCCGGUACUCACCUACAUUGAUGUGAAAUCUAGCAAUAAGGACCCGUGCGGCCCUGAACCCACGGUGGUCGUUAGUGCUCAGCACGAGAGUGGGCACUCCCGAGAUAACUAUGAACCCGCCAGAACUGUGCCGGGCAAGGAGGUAUCAGGUACAAGUCGUCCACAUGCCAUCUCUUCAGAGAAAACAACACUCCGUGAGUUAAGUCCUCUAGGAAAGGUUGCAGACCGAGAGGGCAAGGUGGUGCUGCUAAGCCUGAAGCUCAUCCCCUCUGAGCCCUGCGAUCCACUGAACUCUGCUUUGAGGGAUCCCUUGGAUGGUAGGGCUUCCCCAAAGGACCCUCCCUCAGAGGAGCAGGAGGGAGUGUCGGUGCUCUCUGGGGUCAUCAAGAGAUCUUCUUCCGUGGUCUCCGAUUCAGGCAUUGAGAGUGAGCCGAGCUCUGUCGCUUGGUCCGAGGCACGAAGCAGGGCCCCGGAGUUACCCAGCGACCGGGAAGCCUUGCAUCAUCUGCUUCGAAGACACGGCCUGCACAGGAACUCCUUGGAGGGCGGACACACGGAGAGCAACACGAGUUUGCCGAGCGGGAUCCAGGCGUCCCUCACCUCCAUUAGCUCUUUGCCUUUUGAGGAGGAGGAACGGGAGUUGGCCCUCACCAAGUUGACCAAGUCCGUAUCUGCACCCCAGAUCAGUAGCCCGGAGGAGUCUGCUGGAGACACAGACGCCGUGCAGCAAGGUGGACCUCUUGCUGAAAGUUGCACCGUGCCCGUCAAGACCAUAGACUCCCCGGGAUCCAGGACGCGGGACGCUGGGGCACAGGUGGUUUCAGGUGCCGACAACCAGCAGGGCCCCGGUUACAUAGACAUCCCCAAAGGUAAAGAGAGUCAGUCUGAGCCUCAAGGACCUUGCUGUCUUGAUGGCAGGACGGAGAACCCUCCAGGUGUGGAAACCAAAGGUCUUCAUUUAAAAAUACCGCCUAUCAUAGCCCUUGAAAACCCUGGGAAUGGAUCUUUCCCUAGAGUACUAAAGGAGACCCCAAAGGGCAUGCCUGAGGACUUGAAACUGGAGAAAGGAGCUCGUUCCCACAGCAGCAUCUCAGAUGAUGAGACUGUUGCCCACCGUACGGUGCCUGCGUUGAACUAUGCCGCAGUCACUGACGCCGUCGACCUGGGCUCAGCAGGCAAGCAGAGCAGCUCACCUUGUAUCAUGGACGAUGCAGAGUUCAGCAAGGGAGCCAAUGCUGUCCUGGAGGCUGGGCGUGAGGCGGGCACUGCGUGCCCCACCGUGACCCACUCCGUUCACUCCCAGGUCUUAGGAGACCAAGAGCCAAGGGCAGGCACUUCCGUUAUGGUGUCCCACCUGCCCCCGGCAGAGACCUUCACCCUGGACAGCCUGAAAGCCGUGGAGGUCGUCAACCUGUCCGUGUCUUGCACUGCCACGUGUCUCCCUUUCUCGUCUGUGCCCAAGGAGACCCCUGCCAGGGCCGGAUUCGCUUCCAAACAGACCCCAUUGCCCAUCACUCACCAACCUUUGGGUUCCUUUGGAGUCGUUUCCACUCAUUCCAGCAAGUUGGAGGAAGAAGUCAGUGAGAGGAUGUUCAGUUUUUAUCAGGCCAAAGAAAAAUUUAAAAAAGAACUGAAGAUUGCUGGAUUUCUGUACAGUGACUUAUCUGUACUAGCUUCUGAUAUACCGUAUUUCCCACCAGAGGAAGAGGAAGAAAAUUUGGAAGAUGGAAUUCACCUGGUAGUCUGUGUCCAUGGCCUAGAUGGGAACAGUGCAGACCUCCGCCUGGUGAAGACUUUCAUAGAGCUGGGACUUCCUGAAGGAAAGCUGGACUUCCUAAUGUCUGAAAAGAAUCAGGUGGACACAUUUGCAGACUUUGAUACCAUGACAGAUCGCUUGUUGGAUGAGAUCAUUCAGCACAUCCAGCUGUACAACCUCUCCAUAUCCCGAAUUAGCUUCAUUGGCCACUCCCUCGGCAACAUCAUCAUCCGGUCGGUCCUAACGCGGCCCCGGUUCCGGUAUUACCUCAACAAACUGCACACAUUCCUGUCGCUGUCCGGGCCUCACCUGGGGACCCUGUACAACAACAGCACGCUGGUUAGUACAGGCUUGUGGCUCAUGCAGAAAUUAAAGAAAUCCGGGUCCCUUCUGCAGCUGACCUUCAGGGAUAAUGCUGAUCUACGCAAAUGUUUCCUCUACCAACUCAGCCAGAAAACAGGUCUGCAGUAUUUUAAAAAUGUCGUGCUGGUAGCUUCUCCCCAAGAUCGCUACGUGCCAUUUCAUUCAGCCCGGAUCGAGAUGUGCAAAACUGCCCUCAAAGACAGACACACGGGGCCCGUGUACGCGGAGAUGAUCAAUAACCUUCUGCGCCCUCUGGUUGAGGCCAAGGACUGCACUUUGAUCCGACACAACGUGUUCCACGCCUUGCCCAACACUGCCAACGCCCUGAUUGGCCGCGCCGCCCACAUCGCCGUGCUGGACUCAGAGCUCUUCCUGGAGAAGUUCUUCCUGGUGGCGGGGCUCAAGUACUUCAAGUAGUAGGGGGCGGGGGCCUUGCCGGAAGCCUGGCGAUCCGCGAGAGCUUUAGCUGAGACGUCCUUGUACAGCCCGCUGCCACUCCAGGAAGAGCUCGGAGAGGAAGGCACCAAGGCAAGGAGGGUGGGGUGGGACCGGCCAUUCGAGGUGCUUCCAUUUUGGAGAUGUGGGAAAGCUGAACCAGUACAGUAACGCAGAAGACAAGACUUUGCCCGAACCUGUCUAGCCACCUGGAGUCUCCUUCAAGAUAUGGAGGGAGACUAUGACAAAAUAAAACAACAGAAUACUUGGGAGUUGGCGAGCCCACCUUUUUAUCCACCACCGGCUCCCAGAGAGAUCGUUCUUGAUUUACUAGGUUUGUCCAGUAUGUUUCUAGCUCAUAGCUUUAUCAUUCUGAUUCAAUUAAGUGCAUACAAGCAUUUCAGAACUCAGGUUAAUCUCUGUGCAGAAGUGGAACAUAUUUGUGUACAUACAAUCCUCGAUAGAUUCACAUGUGCCACUCGUUCGAGACAGUGUGAUGCCCACGCGAUCAUUCUCUCCUCAUGUCUUCUCAACAAGGGGCAAAGGAAUGCUUUAUAAACUCCACUUCUGUUUCGUUAGAAGCUCCACUUCUGUUGGGUGAUGUAAAGUAUGGGCGGGGGGUAAUGGUGAUGCUCUGAUGCAGGUUUGUUACAAAGAGAAGUAACUACAGGGGACGAGGUGAACUCAUUGCUUCACCUGCUUCUCCAGACUGUCUAUGCAGAGCCCUGGCCCACAGGUUACUUCUGUGAUUGCUUAAAUCUCUGUCUGUAGUCAGGAAAACGGACUUAGGGUAAAUCUAAGGGGUAAAGCGGAAGGGGGAGCUGGGAUUAAUGCACAUGCGUCAGGCUUCUGCUGAUACACCUCCAAAGAAAUGCUGUGUUAGCAUUUGAUGCAACUGCAAAAAAAAAAAAAUAAUAAUACAAAUAAAACCAUUACCAUGGCCAGCCGCUGCUUCUCUCCGUGGAAGGAGAAACAUCUAAACGGAGGAGUGCUGGAUUACAAACCUCAGGGGAGCUCUAAGAAGGUGCUGGUUAUCUUUCCAUAGAAAUGUCUUCUUGCCUUAGGAAAAUAAAGGGCUAGGAGAGGUCACCAUUGAUAAAAACCAAUGGACGACAGGGACAACAGUGAGAUCAGAGAGGAGGACAACAGCCAGAUUGCGGACCCAGCUUAAAUAGUUAGUGGCAAAUGACUUAAGGGAAGUUUUGAAAAUCACCGGGAUGUUUGAUAUGGUCUCAUAGACUGUGUAGACUCUUGGCCUAAAGGAAGGCCAGAGAAUCACCUAGUUGUACUAAAGGAACACGUGGACCAGGACAGUAGGGAUGAUUAACACAGAGACCCAUCUUCAGGAGACAGAGGCUCCUGUUUCUGCAAAAUCCCCUUCUAAAGUGUGGAAAAUCACCUGCGACCAGAUUCCCGGUCCCAGCACCUGGACCGUGACCUUGGGUCACCAGUGCCAUGGUCAUAAAACCAAGCAGAUCUUGGCUCAUCUGAUAUUUUAGUCCUCACAUAUUAACAGUGCGACUUUACAAAACAAAUGCAGACCAACGAGAAACCAAUGCAGAUGGGCAACUUUGCAGGAUCGUAGACUCCUGGGUUCCUUGUGAAAGGAGAAGGCGGGUGCGGGGGGUGGAGUUGAAUGAGCCACAAAGGCAGACUUUCACACAACGGAGUUAGGGCUUCUCUGUGGGUCUUCUGCGAACUUUCUCUGUGUCCUAGGCUUAACCCGUAUGGGAUCAGUAAGUCCUGAGGGUCAUUUUCCAAGUUCCCGAUGUACAUAGACUCUGAUUACUCAACGAAUGGUGCCGACCCAGCGUAUAACCCAGGAGGAAUCCGUUCCCGCAGUGGAGCCCAUGAUGUGGUGUUUCCUGGUCUAGACGAGUGUUCAUGGUCAGUGCAGGACUGUACGUUUGUAGCAACUUCUCCUUUUUGGCCAAAUGCAGAGCCCCUCCGAUGAGAGCAUUUCAUUUUGUGUUUCCAACACCCAUCAGCAAAGCUCGUCACUCCCUGGUCAUUUGCAGACCGUGUAGCCAGUGGUUAUGGAGCCAGGGGGAAUCUGAUGACCAUCGUCUUUUCCAAUAACCAGAUGCCAUUUUUAACUUCAAUAUGCUGUCUGGACACGGUAAGAACUAAUGGCAAUAAACGUCCAGCUGCAUGGUGCACCCCUCUUUUACAGGGGUGAUCUACUGUCUUUGUAAACCCUCUCUGGCCUCUGAGCAUCUAUUAUAUUGUGUAGAAAUUACAUCUCUAUAUUGUAAAUAAGAGUGUCCAGUGUUGUGCGUCAUGCCUCAUUUGAAAGGCUUUUUUAUGUCUCUUUCUAUUGAAGUAUAGAUAUCUAAUAUAUAUAUAUAUAUAUAUAUAUAUAUACACACACAUAAAUAUAUAUAUAUAAAAUGUAAAACAGGGACAUUAUAUUAUUUAUUAUAAAAAUUAUAAACAAAAUGCCUGCCAAGAUAAUGGUCUAGUAUGUUUUCAUUCUCAGCGUAUUUUAUGUUUUUUGUUUUUACGAUUUGUUAAGUCUCUCAGAAGUAGUUAGAAAUAAACAUCGCUACUAUUGAGAUCAACUGGAAUUGGUUGUUCACAAGCCAAAUAUAUCCAAGAAGCAGGCGUGAACCUAGCGUCACCUAGGGGCAGGACUAAUACCUCGAUGGCAGGUUGAAAGCUCUGGAGAAGGUGAGCCCCAGGGAGAAGGAGGGGAGAGGAUGGGCUCCUGCUGGUGACCGCGCUCCCCAGGUGGGUGCAGGGGGACUUCCGGCCAUGCCAGAUGCGAGCAGAGAUAGAAGGCACAGUCCCUGCCCUUGAAGAACACAGCCUUGUUAUGAAAACCGGAUAGAUGGAAGGUGAGGCACGGGCAGGUGCAAGGCAGUGCUGGAGGGCCGGUCUUCAUGGCCUGGAAAAGGAUGUGAGUGAGAUAUUUGCUCUGCAUAGCUGGUCACCGCCAAGGGCGCUCAUUCACCAAUUCAUUCCUUCAUCGUUUCAUUCAUUCAUCAUUUCAUUCAUUCAUCAUUCAUUCAUUCAGCAAGUGUGUCUUGAGGGCCUGCUGUGCUAGGAGGUCCAGGUAAGAUUGAGCAGCUCAUAGUCUGCUCAGAUGGGAAGGUGACGUAGGUCGGCACCCCCCGGGGGUAGGGAUCAGAAUGUGCUCAGAGGAGAGAUACGCAGCCCACACUGGAGGUGUGUGGGGUCAGGAACAGCCUCGUGCAAGGUAGGAUGUCGAAAGCCAGACACAGGGCUGAGUAAGGCUUGGCCUGGGGAAGAUGGGUUGUAGGGAACCCCCCGGGCAGGGAACGGAAUGACCGAAAGCCUCGAGGAGAGAGGGCCAGGACCUUCGGCACACUGGACGGGCUUAUGGAGACUGUGUCCGGGUCCCAGAGUGACAGAGCAGGGGCGUGAGAGGUCAGCCACCACGCCAGACUCUCUUCUCCUUCAGGAGGAAAUUUUUGCUGUUGACACUAGUAGGAGAGUUUCAGAGGCGGGGCCUCUGUCAACCCUGUGUUCAUGUCCUUCCCCUGGAUUAACUCCUAGGACAGACCCAACCCUCUGUCUUACGGGACGCCCAGGGCCACGUCUGCUCCCCCCGGCUCACUUCCGAAGACAGUGGACGUGUCUUCCCGGCUUCUCGUGGAGAGAAAGCUGGAGGGAAUGGCAGUUUGGUAAAACUAUUGCAAUUAUCAUUAUUGUUACGAUUUUCUGCUUUUCUCCUUUUCUUUUCGUGCAUGGAAACAAUCAGGUGAGAUUCCUGCACUGGUAUUUGGGGUGACCACACUGAUCGCUCUUGAUCAUUUGAUUUUUAUUUUUUUAAGUCUAUUUAUUUAUUUUGAGAGAGACAGAGACAGCACAAGCGGGGCGGUGGGGGGCAAGGAGAGAGGGAAAGAGAGAAUCCCAAGCAGGCUCUGUGCUCUCAGCGCAGAGCCCAACAGGGGGCUUGAACUCCUGCAACCUCGAGAUCAUGAUCUAAGCCCAAACCAGGAGUCAGAUGCUCAACCGACUGAGCCACCGGGCGCCCCGAUCAGAUGAUGUUUAUGUGGGCGGGGAACGUACGGAGCCCUUCAUUGACAACUGCACAAUCUGCAGCCCCACCAGGUUGAGGUAACUUGCCCAGAGCUACAGCCCUUCAUUUGGUCGUGGAUAUUUCCUAACAGCUGCCCACGGACCAGGCAUGGGUCACAAAGCACAAGGAAACAAAAGCAAAGCAGCCCCUCUUGAUGGAGUGUGUGUGAGAGGGGAGGGUAGAAUGCAGAAAGCCACAGGCAUGGUGAGGUGGCAAAGGCCAGUUCGGAAGGAGCCCAUGGGGCUGGGGGUGGUGGUGGUGGUGCGCCAACACAGUAUGUGAAGGGGAAGGAACAAACUAGAAAAUAGCGUGUUAUCCAGGUUUUUCCGUGAAGACCGAAAACAUUGAAAAGGGCUAGGAUGUGACCAAGUAUCAGUGAGCCCUCACUUAUGCGAGAUGAUGGCAUCCCUCCAAGUCAUACCCAUUGAAUUGAAAGUCUGCUCUUGGGACGCCAUUUGAUUGGGUUUCAUAGAGUAUAUUUCUGAGCAUUGGCGAUAACCGGGGCUGCUGUGUACCGUUGCACAGGUUCUGUAAAAACACAUGGCAAUGACACAGAGAGGGAGAGUUGUGGUUUCUUGUGUCAUUCGUGUGAGGUAUCCAUUCCAACACCCUUAGGGAGGAUGUGUGUCCGUCUUUAACUGAUGGAGCAAAGCAGCAUAUGCUAACACCUGCAUCCAUGUCGUUUGUUUCUUCUUUUUUCAUUUGCUUCCUCUUCCCAUGCCUUAUUGAGUGCCUAUUUUGUGCUGGGUGCCGAACUGGACUAUGCAGCUAUUAGCAUAAAUCAUGCAAUCCUAAAUAAACACUAAAAGGGUCUAGGGGGGGAUAAUAAAAUUUACUGUUUAAUUUUUCACUGUUAGUUUUGAAAUUAACGCCAUGGGACCUCCACGUUGGAGGAGGAACAAUGAAUUUUUCCUCCAGGCUCUGUCUGAUGGUUAGAAUCCUCAGCUUUGCCCUUCUGGAAUCCUCCGGAUUGUGCACACGGGUCUCCAUCCACGUGUCACAAAGCAGGGAUGAACUUCAGUGACGUUACAAGUCUUUCUGUGUCCCUUCCUCCUUUCCUUUUUCUUUUGUUCUGUUACUUUUUCGUUCCCUUUUUUGGGGGGGGGGGAGGGCUUUGUCCGUGGUACCUCAGCAUGAUGCAUAAUGCUAGAGAUGUCUCUAGAAAGUGCUAUUAAAAAGCUAGCACAGCAAAGCCAUUCCCUUCCCGCGUCUUUUCAGGUGAAUGGGAAUAAUAUGCUUUGCUUCACAGUGGGCUGAACUCUCUACACCAAUUUUCAUUUUAGGGAAAAGGGCCCCGGUGCCUUCUGUCCCACAAAGGACUAUCCCCGGUCUAGAGCUGGACUUCUGGACCAAAUGUCAAUGUGUGGAUGCUGCUGAGUCAUGCUUCGUUAAUGUCUGAAACAGGCUGUUUCCCAUUUGUGAUCUCUUCACAGCCACGGUGUGAGGUGCAGAAUGUGUGUGCUUUCAUUCCAUAGAUGUGGUUGUGAUUAUAUGGCUUUAAAAUCGUCCUCAGACUCAAGCCUUCAUGCUUCAUCACAGACUCAGAGCUUCUGGAGCUAAACCAAACCUCAGCUCUGAUCUGCUCCUUUUUACCAAAUGAAGGAGCAAAGGAACGGGAACAGCGUGCAGGGCUCCACGUUUGUCGGCGAGGACUUUCACGCAGAGGAUUUCGUUUCACAGCCACACAACAUACAAACGAUGCUGGUUACACUUUACUUAACAAGGGUCUCACGGCUCAGGAGAGGCGGACUCAAGGUUUGGUCCCCGAGCCUCUAUGUCAUCUGUGAGGCCGUGAUUCCUCCAACCCAGAGAAGUUCACAAAUCGCAAAAGCCACCCAUCUUGUGAAAAUCCAUGCCCGGGCUCAGUCUGCAUUGUCUAAGCCACACUCUUGUGAGCUUUCCACUAGAACAUAAUGCUGGAGGAGACACCUUCCGAGCCAGCGGACUGGAUGGCAGACAGCAUGGUUCUGUGACAGAGGUGGGCUUAGAAAGUGUGGUCAGUGAGCACGGUCUGGUGGUCGGCUGGCCUUCUGUGUCCCUCCGCCACCAUCUUGAGGCUCUCAGUCCCGCUAGCCCACAUCCACUCUUCCCAAAUCGUAAUGCCUCUCCUUCCACUGUUGUGCUAGACUGCCCUCUUGCAUUUACACCUGCUACUCCCACACUGGAAUAUUCACCCGGGGAUCAAUUCCUGUGCUGUGGGCUUCAAGCAUGCACCAGAUGCUUCGUGGCCUGUUCAUCCCUGCUUCCCGAUGAAUCUGGGCUCCUUGUCCUACCGUCAGAGAUACGUUUUCUUAGGAUUCCAGGAACCGCUCCUUUCUCAUUCAUUGUCACGAUGUCAUCUGUAUCCUUGUAGGUCUCCCGCACGUGUACAUGCUUUUUGGGAGCAGGAACCAUGCAUAGACACUGUGUCCCUGCUGCCCUCACCAUUGCCUGGCACGGAGUUGGGGUUCAGCAAGUAUUUUCUGGAAGGGCUCGUUCCUCUUCGGAAGCUCACGUUUUCUUCUCUAACCCCUUCGCCAAUCCAUAGCAGCUGAUUCUGAUGCAGGGAGGGUUUGACAUUGGUCCAUGUUUCCCCUGUAACCUUCCGAAUCUGCAAGAGCAAAGUAGUUUCAUGAGCUCAGACAUCACAUUGGAAGUUUUACUUAAAUGGGAAGAGCCAUUAUGUCUCCGGGGCAUGCUUUUAAGCCAGUGGGGACGGGGUCAAGUUUCCUUAGCUAUAAAAUAGAUCUGAAAGUACUUUAAGAGAUAGUUGAGGGGCAGAGGAGAAAGGGAAAACAGAGUCUGAAACAGUGGCUGUGUCGAGUGGGUGUUUUAAAAUUUGGGGGCGGGUAGCUUAGGAAUGUUUUAUGGCAAAAAUUUGGCUAGAGGGAAUUUUCUCUGUAAUACACUGAGAAACUUUCUACACAGCCGGCCUCAAAGUGAUUCGUACAUGAUGCCUUGCGGUGGGGGGAUCGCCUAUGAAGUGUCAGGCUUAAGCUUCCAGCAUUCAGAACGUUGCAUUGUGAUUCCAGGGGCCUCCAAGGUGGAGUUUUCCAGCUCAGUUCAGUACCUAAUUAGAUGAUCUAUGGAGUAAAGCUGUUUUCUUGCUCAGGGUAGCGUUGUUGAGCGGUAAGAAAAGGCAAGGACUUGGCACACAGCUGAGAACAAUAUUACAUUAAUGUAAGACUCUGGGAAGUUUGAAUUCUGUAAAUGUCACUCAGAAUGUUUUAAUUGCAUCGAACUGAGAAGACAUCUUGAAAUGUCUUUUAGCCCAAGGUUAAAUUUACCGCGUUUGGGAAAAUACCGUUUUAUGCUUCUUGUUCCGCAAAGUUUAAUAAUAAUCCAGGUACGUCCGGUAACCGGCACAUGUCUUUGUUUGUUUGUUUGUUUUUCCUUUAAAGAGAGCACUUCAUUUUGUCCCACCUACUGUCUUGUCUGAAUGUAACCUCAUAUGAAAGUCUGUGAUUUUCGCUUCAUUCACCGUUUUCCUGUAACUUACUCCCGAAUGCAUUCCUUUUCCAACACUGUUUAGUCUCUGCCUGGUUCUAUACUAAGCACCAGUGACUACACAAAUUUUUCAGACAGGACCCUGCCCUUAAAGAAUUUAUAAUCUAGUAGGGGGAACAGACACCCACAUAAAUGGAAGAAUGUUCGUGUAGAUAGAGUAAUGAGUCAAGAGAACACGUAGGAAACAUUGAGAAUACCAUCAACCCAGUGCCCAUGAAGACAGAUCCCUCCUGGCAUGGGAGUCUGGGCAUCUCUACAGGCUCUGGAACAGAAAACCAGCCCCAGUGAGAUGCUGUGGUGAUCUCUGCCAUGCCACUCAGGUAGAAUCUCAUAGCUUCGUUGGGGCCACCAUCCCCAGGUCAGCGUCAAGUUAGGAAAGUCACAAAGGAGAAGCUGGAUGGUGCGUGUGACAGCCCGACCUGUCAAGAAACACCACCACUUGAGCGGCAUUGUCCCCACCCGUCUGUUGUCCAAAGUCACUGGACACUCUGUGACUAGUCUUACCUCGUCUUACUACUUCUUUUCCAAUGAAUAGACCAACAUCGCUUAUCAAAUAGACAAAAGGCACAGCAGUAGUGUCUGUGAGCAAUGUCACACUCAGAUCUGACUCCCAGAGCGAGCCUGUGGCUUGUGUCUGUUGAUCAGCCCGCACAGGAUUCUGGAGUUUAUUUUAUUUUAUUCCAGGUUUCUUUAGUUUUCCAAUGCGACCCUCUACAUUGCAGAAGGCAAAGAGAGGCAGGGUCUUUUGCAUGGUCCCUUUCUCUGAAAAAGAACUUGAAUGUACAGCUUGAUGUCACUGUGAACUCCUAACGCGUAUCUAUUCUGGUGACGAUGUCUGUAUACAACGAUCAUCGUCUCCCGUGCACACCCUCGCACACUGUCUGCAAAACAACGAUAGUGAAAUAACAAAGUCCAUAGUGCCAAUAUAAUCCCACUAUUUUUCUACAUUUGCUCUUUGGUUGGCAUUUUGUGCAGCUCGUGAUGUGUAUAGAUGAUGAACAACAACAAUAAUAAAAUCUUUGGACUUUC